GGCCUGUAGUAUGUGGGGUCAUAUCAAUUUCUUCUAACCCAACACAAAUAGUCCAUAUGGGAGGAAGAAAUAUUCAGACAUUGAUAGGUAAAAGGUAACACCAAACUAACCAACUAACAACAACCAAAUGCGGUUGAGCAAUGAUGUGAACGUGCGAUGUUACUACAUUUCCAGUGGUUCCACGCGCGACUCCAUUGGUUUGUGUGUGACAGGCUAGACUCCGAUAUUUGGUGGGCAGGAGCCUAUACGUGAAGGUGGCGGGCUGCCUGCUUUCGCAGAGUCGAGUUUCCACCCAUUGAAUUCAUCACAAAGGUUCAGCUCCAUAUUGCAUGUUCCAGCCUUGUUUCAGGGGAAUUCUGUUGCUGUUGUCUACUGUUGCAACACGCUUUGUUUUCUUAUUUCUUUUUUUGGAAGGACGCGCUGGUCCUUUCAUGGAUAUUGCAUACUGGCUGCAUAUUCGACGGAUCUGAUGUUUCAGCUCAUUUUUGCCCUACCGGGAUAUCAUGGAUGUAAUCCGAAAGCAUUUUGUAUAGCCAGCUCUCUUUAACUGUCAAGUGGCAAGGGAACACGUGAAGGACGUGUUUGUUUUCAGAAACAACCCGAUUUCUCAUCCUGUUUGGAUAUUUGGGGAAUUUCUCGUGGUGGAGCUCGAGCAGACCUUCUCAUUCGAUGCAGCCUCUACCACCGACUGCUCAUUCGAACGGCAUUCAACCUUUGGUCAGAAAUCAUCAUGAGUGCCUAUCUUUACAUUUUAAAUUGUGUUUAUUUUCCUAGCCUAGCCUAGCAUACCUGUCAUUGUCAAGAUAGAAGUUGUUAUCCUGUUAUGUUUCCUGAACUGAGCUGAGCUCAUUGCAUAGUUUCACGUGUGAAACAAAAUGUAGCAUGUAGGUUACAAUUUAGCGCUGGCCGAAGUUAAUGUGAGAAGUUAUUCUUUUUUUCUCCGUGAAACCUCUCUAUAAGUUCUCCCUGCUGAAGUUGAGACCCACUGCCCUAUCCCGUUAUGUUCUUCCGUGAUUGCCCUUGAAUUCCUCUUUUCUUGGCUCCCGUUAGCGAUAGACAGAUGCAUCUCGGAGUUGAUGAGCCCGUGCGGGAAUGUCAGUACAGCCAGGUCUGCACGCGAAAUUCAUCGCCAAUGGAGACGCCCCACAAGAAGAGGGUCCACGCAAGAAAGUGGCAAGUCUUUCCCGGACGGAACAAGUUCUACUGCGAUGGGCGGAUUAUGAUGGCCAAGCAGACCGGUGUCUUUUACCUCACCAUGGUCCUGAUCAUGGUCACAAGUGGACUCUUCUUCGCAUUUGAUUGCCCAUACCUGGCAUCCAACCUGACGCCCGCCAUCCCGGCCAUCGGAGGGGUGCUCUUCUUCUUUGUGAUGGGAAUGCUGCUGCGGGCGAGCUUCAGUGACCCUGGCGUGCUCCCCCGUGCCACCCCAGACGAGGCAGCAGACCUGGAGAGACAGAUCGAUGCGUCCAAUGGGCCUAGUGGUCCUGGCUACCGUCCUCCUCCCAGGACGCGGGAGGUGUUGAUCAACGGCCAGACGGUGAAGCUAAAGUACUGCUUCACCUGCAAGAUCUUCAGGCCUCCGCGAGCCUCCCACUGCAGCCUGUGUGACAACUGUGUGGAUCGUUUUGACCACCACUGUCCGUGGGUGGGCAACUGUGUGGGCCGGAGGAACUACCGCUUCUUCUACCUCUUCAUCCUGUCCCUCUCCUUCCUCACCCUCUUCAUCUUCGCCUUCGUCAUCACGCACGUCAUCCUCCGAUCCAACCGCACCGGCUUCCUGAGCGCCCUGAAAGACAGUCCUGCCAGCGUGCUGGAGGUGGUGGUGUGCUUCUUCUCCGUCUGGUCCAUUGUGGGCCUCUCAGGCUUCCAUACGUAUCUCAUCAGUUCCAACCAGACCACCAACGAGGACAUAAAGGGCUCGUGGUCGAGUAAACGAGGGAAGGAGAACUACAACCCCUACAGCUACGGCAACAUCCUCACCAACUGUUGUGCUGCCCUCUGUGGACCGCUCCCACCAAGUUUGAUUGACAGGCGAGGUUACAUUCAUUCUGACACGCCACAGCCGGUCUGUCACUCCAAUGGGACUAGUGGAAUCUACUCCCCCACCCAGCUCCAUGCUCACAUGUGUGACCAACACCAGUGCAUUCAGAGCACCAAAUUCGUUUUGCAGGCCGCCGCCACCCCUCUGCUGCACAGCGAGCCGGUCAUCCUGCCUGCAGGCCACACGCCACUCCCAGGAGGUGGAGGAGGAGGAGGUGGAGGGGGAGGAAAGAGCACCACCUCCUCCCUGGUAGGACCCUGUGCCUCCCUAGCCUCCAGCCACCAUCACCACCACCACCAUCAUCAGCACCACCAACACCACCAUCAUGACCACCACGAUCUCCACCAGCAGCAGUGUCAGUCGCAGUCCCAGCAGACGCUGCUCUCCUCGCUGCCCUCGGCCAUGCCGGGCCUGACCUGUGGCGGCGAGCUGCUGGCCCUGAGAGAGCCCGCCCUCUCCCUGGCCGACCCGGCGCUGACGCACUGUCACCUCCACCACUUUGCGGCCACCAGCCCGGACGAGACUCCCUCGCCCACCUCCCCGCCUCCGCCUCUGCCGCCAUCUUCUCACCAGCACCAGCCACUCUCGCCCCCUCCACAGCAGCAGCAGCUGCAGCAGCAGCAACAGGCUGGUGGUGGUGGUGGUGGUGGUAGCACUGCGGUUGGCCCAGCUAUGGUGCCUGGUGUGGGGGUGGUGCAGCAGCAGCAGCACCCGCCCCCGUGCCCGGCCCAUGGUACACUGGGACAUGGACAUCCACAUCCACACCCACACCCACACCCACAUGCACACCUCCACCCAGCCCAGCUCUAUGACCCCGUCAGCCAGGACUCUCUGCACGAGGACUCAGUCAGGGGCCUGGUGAAGCUCAGCUCUGUCUGACAGAUAUUUUUAAGGACACACUCUCCAUCUCUCUGUUUCUUUCUCUCUCUCUCUCUAUCUAUCUCUCUCAUCAGCUACUACACGAGUCUCUGUCUAUCCAUCUCUCCUUCUCUGUCUCCCUCCUUCUCUUCUGUACUCUUUUGCUGCCCUAAAGACAGAGAGAAGCGUACAGUGCGUACUGCAAGCCUAAGGAGAUUGAAAGGCUGAAUCGACUGACUGUACUUUUAAAGAAGUAUAAACAUUUCAGAGUCGCUCGAGUGAUGAAUUUGCAAGUGCAGGUCUGGGCAGCAGGGGCCAAAGAGGACUGACAGCCUUGCUGAAGGUGGGCCCUGCACCAGUCUUCCAUCUCUCUUCUCCCUCCUUCUCUCUCUCUCCAUCUCUCUUCUCCCUCCUUCUCUCUCUCUCCAUCUCUCUCCUCCCUCCUUCUCUCUCUCUCCCUGUCUCCAUCUGUCUUUCCUCACCUUCCCCUGCAUCUCUGUCUCUCUCUCUCUCUCUCUCUCUCUCCCUCUGUCUCCAUCUCUCCUCCCCUGCCUCUCUUUCUCAAUCUCUCUUGUCCAACUCUCUCUCUCUCUCUCUCCUCUUUUCUCUGUCUCCAUCUCUCUCUCUCCCUCUCCCUUUUCCCUGUUGUGCAGCCGUGCCAAGCUGUCACCUUGACUUAUAUCAUGGUUGCUGCGCUGUAUUUCCCAGCCAAGAGGGAAGGCUUUUUUUUUUCUUUGAUGUUUGCGAGAAGGUUUUGCAUCAGCAUAUGGAUGCGCUGGCCGUCUAUGUGUGCCCUCGUUAACCCGGCCCGUCUAAAUAUCACCACCGCAGCCUGACCGUAUCUGUGACACGCCGCCUUCAUCUGGGCUCUGAAGGGUGUGGGGGUUGUUGGGGAGGGGUGACACACAGUCACAGGUCAUUGAUCACUGGAAACAUACACCUGUGAAGGUUAUCUUCGUAUGUCUGAAACAUUUCUCAUACUAUACUGUAUGCCUUUGUGUGUGUGUGUGUGUGUGUCUGAGAAAGUGUAUCAGAGUGAUAUUGAUUAUGUGUGUCUGAGAGAGCAAGAUUGUGUGUGUGUGUGUGUGUGUGUGUGUGUGUGUGUGUGUGUGUGUCUGAGAAAGUGUAUCAGAGUGAUAUUGAUUAUGUGUGUCUGAGAGAGCAAGAGUGUGUGUGUUUGUGCGAACGUGCGUGCGUGCGUUGAGCUAAAAGACUCUAAUGCCUCAAUUUAGAUGCCGAAGACUGACGGUCCACUGCCUUUUUUAUAUCCAGUAUCUAUAUGAAAGAACUGAUCUCAGAUGCCCAGUGCUCUUCUUGUCCCUCUGACCUUCAGCAGUCAGCAAUGUUAAUGGACCUUUCUCUGUUGAAUCGACGAUGUGUACAAGAUGUUUUCAUUAUAUACUUGGUGGACGGUGGAUGUGAAGGUGCCAAAUCCUUGCCAAACAAGUCGUGCCAGGUGACCGUGCCAAGAACUCCUGCAAUUUUCUGAGCUGUCUGUUACAAUGAUCUGAGUGGACGUUAUUAAAUUCACAACUUUUUA